CCCGGAUGCUGAUGCUGCUCGUGUCGGAUGAGGGGAAGGAAGAGGAGACAGAAAAGAGCGAUUUACGGGAAGAAAGAGAUAUUAAGGGAGGAGGCCUUCGCUCCCAAGGACCUUAGUAUUUUUAGAAGAUCGCCAAGAAACUGUAUGUUUUUUAAAGGAAAUCGCUGAAUGAAUGAAACUGGGACCGGCAAACGAGGAGGAACAGAGAGAGGGAAGAUGCUGUGAUAUGCGCCCUGGUAGAGAAGGGAGGGGGAUAGUGAGCAAGCGAGAGAGGGAGGGGGAGAGUACUACGCCGAAGAUGCUUGUUUUACUAGAAAUGCGUUUUUCCGCUUCAAAACCAACAAAGCUGGGCCUAGUUAAAGAACUGCAUUGCUUUGCAUCGGAUAGCAACCUCCCAGCAGUAAAAUAUUGACAUAUAUUGAUAGCCGUGCUUUAACAUGCCAGACUAGAGGGGAUGCGGACAGUGUAGUUGUUUUGUUGAUUAAAAUGAAGAAAAUUCCAGAUCUCUGACUGUUAUAUAACCCGGUGUGCUUCGAUUGCAUGGUAUCAAAUAUUUACCUGUAAAUAUGUUGGAUUAGACGUUAAUUAAGCUAUGGAAAGCGAUAUUCAGUGAGAUAAAGAGCAGGGCAGAGAAAAUAGGUGGCGAGAAGGGAGAGGGCUGGAAGGCUGAUAAAUGCGAUGUGCAAGUGCGGACGGGCACGCAGGCAUAAGAUUAAUAAUUGCGAGCAGAAAAUUAAUAAUCCGCGAUUGCUAUAUAGCCUAUAUAAAUUUAGGCACAAUUGUUACUAACGCCAUCACUGUCUCUUAUAUAGACAUUUUAAUUCUCUUAAGUUUACGUUGAAACCUCUACCCUUCACGUCGCUUGCUUCUAUAUCAUUCCUGUUCCCAUAACCCCUCGUUACUCCAUAAUUACCAAAACAACAAUGUACUCAUAUUUUGCUACAACCGAAGCAUACCCUCUCUCCUAACUGCACAGUAUAGGCGGUAACGGUUUUUUUCGGGAUGACUGCAAUAUUAAAUAAGAGAAAGUGAGGAGUAGGCCACGGGACACUGUUACAAGCUCCCCCGUCCCUCACUGUACAUUUUCAUUUGUAAUGCCUUUGCACAAGCAGGCGAGGGCCUUUUACACAUCAGUCUUAAAAACCUUUUAAUCACGAUUUUUAAAAAAUUGUCAUUAUUUACUGUGAAACGUAGACGAACAGCAUGUCCAGUAAAGACCAGUCUGGGAGUCACUCGGCUCAGUAUGUCGGGCCUUACCGACUGGAGAAAACGCUGGGGAAAGGACAGACAGGUUUGGUGAAGCUGGGAGUUCACUGUAUUACCGGACAAAAGGUUGCAAUAAAAAUAGUGAACAGAGAGAAGUUAUCGGAGUCAGUGCUGAUGAAGGUGGAGAGAGAGAUCGCUAUUCUGAAACUGAUAGAACAUCCGCAUGUGCUGAAGCUGCAUGACGUAUACGAGAAUAACAAAUAUCUGUACUUGGUGCUGGAGCACGUGUCGGGCGGUGAGCUGUUUGACUAUCUGGUGAAGAAGGGCAGACUGACGCCUAAGGAGGCCCGCAAGUUCUUCAGGCAGAUCAUUUCAGCUCUGGACUUUUGUCACAGUCACUCCAUCUGCCACAGAGACCUGAAGCCCGAGAACCUGCUGCUGGAUGAGAAGAACAACAUCCGGAUUGCUGACUUCGGUAUGGCCUCCCUGCAGGUGGGAGACAGCCUGCUGGAGACGAGCUGUGGAUCCCCACAUUAUGCCUGUCCAGAAGUUAUCCGAGGCGAGAAGUACGAUGGCAGGCGGGCGGACGUCUGGAGCUGUGGCGUCAUCCUGUUCGCACUCCUCGUGGGCGCCUUGCCCUUCGACCACGACAACCUACGGCAGCUGCUGGAGAAAGUGAAGAGCGGGGUCUUCCACAUGCCCCACUUCAUCCCUCCUGACUGCCAGUCCCUGCUCAGGGGGAUGAUCGAGGUCAACCCAGAGAAGAGGCUCACGCUAGAAGCAAUACAAAAACACGCCUGGUAUCUGGGGGGUCGGAACGAACCCUGCCCGGAGCAGCCUCCCCCCAGGCGGGUCUGUGUGCACCGCAUCCUGUCCCUCACCGAGCUGGACCCUGAUGUGCUGGACAGCAUGCACUCGCUGGGAUGCUUCAGGGACCGAGUGAAGCUCGCACGAGACCUGCAGUGUGAGGAAGAAAAUCAGGAGAAGAUGAUCUAUUACCUCCUCCUUGACCGAAAAGAGCGGUAUCCUAGUUGUGAGGAUGAAGACCUGCCACCCAGGAAUGACAUUGACCCGCCCAGGAAGCGAGUGGACUCCCCGAUGCUGACCAGGCACGGCCGCUCCCGACCUGAGAGGAAGAGUCUGGAGGUGCUAAGCGUAACGGAGCAGGGCUCCCCGACCCCACCACGCCGAGCGCUGGACACGGCAGCGCACAGCCAGAGGUCCCGGUCGGUCAGCGGAGCCUCUACGGGACUGUCCUCAAGUCCCCUGAGCAGUCCCAGGAGCCCAGUCUUCACUUUCAACCAAUCAGAAGUCACUUCCGCCAACACCAUCCAAUCAAAGGAGCCAAAAGCCGGAAGCUCCCCAGCAGCUCGCUCAUCACAGCGAACUCCUGAUCAAAAAACCCAAACUCUGCCAUCCAAAGCCUCCUCGGAUCGCCCCCACCUCCAGUCCAUGAAAUCCCUCCAGCUCCACACGCCUCCAUCGCCUUCUCCAUCUCCUUCUCCUCUCCUUUCCCCACGCUUUUUCUUUUUCCCUGCUCCUUCUGUUCUUAAGUCUGUCACCAAGAGCAUCUAUCCUAACUCUCCCCAUCCUAACACUCUGCCGCAGGUCACCCCCCAGGGCUCUCCACUCCCCACCCCACUUGGUACCCCCGUCCACCACCCCCAGCACCCCUCUCCUACCCCUCCCUCUUCUUCUUCUUCCUCUUCUUCUUCACGGGCGGAGGGUGGAGGGGUGGGAGUCGGCUCCCUCUCCCUGACCCCACCAUCCAGUCCUGGAGGUGGCGGCGGCAUGGCGGCCAGUAGCUCCGCCCACUGGAGGACCCGCCUCAACUCCUUUAAAAACAACCUGCUGGGGUCGCCUCGCUUCCACCGGCGCAAGCUGCAAGUUCCCACGUCAGAAGACAUGUCCAGCCUAACCCCUGAGUCCAGCCCUGAACUUGCGAAGAAGUCCUGGUUUGGAAACUUCAUCAGCCUAGAGAAGGAAGAGCAAAUCUUCGUGGUGAUCAGAGACAAACCCCUCAGCUCCAUCAAAGCCGAUAUUGUUCAUGCCUUUCUUUCGAUUCCCUCCCUCAGUCACAGCGUCGUCUCCCAGACAAGCUUCAGGGCAGAGUACAAAUCCUCAGGCGGGCCGUCCGUCUUCCAAAAGCCCGUCAAGUUCCAGGUGGACAUCGCGUUCUCUGAGGCGGAAAGGGAGCGGGAGCGAACAGAACGGGAGGGCCGCAGGGAGACCGGCAUCUACAGCGUGACCUUCACCCUCAUAUCGGGUCCCAGCCGCAGGUUCAAGCGGGUGGUGGAGUCCAUCCAGGCCCAGCUGCUCAGCACCCAUGAUCAGCCGUCAGUGCAGGCCCUAGCCGAUGAGAAGAACGGGCAGAUGUCCUCACGGCCCCCGGGCACCCCGACACGCCAGAACUCUCGCCGUUCAGAGGGAGGCGGAGAUAGGGGCGAAUGGGUUGACAGAGGAGAAGGAGGAGGCGUGGGAGGGAGUGGCGGCGCCUUACAGCGGAGGGGGUCUGGGAAGGAGAAGACCCGGCUGCUGUCCUCCAAUGGAACGCAGUCGCAGCCCUGAGAGGAACCUGCAAUACCAACUUCAGACAGUAGAUGGCCUGGUGUUCACCCCUAGAGAGAAGAAGGUCUCCACAAAAAUUACUCAUCAAAAUAGUAAAUCUCUUAGUAAAUCUCAGAGAAUGUGAAACUUUCCCAAAGAAAAAAGCUUUUAAUAUAAUGCAAUAUGAAGGUGUUCUUGUCAUAGUAAACAAGAGAUUGUAUAAAUUAUAAAGGAAACCAAAAAUGGAAACAAGAUAAGAAUCAAGUGAAAAUGCUCACUAUUCUACAUUCCUACACGAAGAAUUACUACUUAUGUAAAGUUGUGCAGAUUUUUGGUGCAGCAACAACAAUGCGGGAAGAUUUCAAAACUGAAAAUUUGCUCAGUGCACCCUGGAUAUGAGAGAGGGAGACCCUUCCUUAAGAGCUUGAUGAAUGCUGCAGUGCUGCAGGUAGCGAUCAGCAAGGGGGGCUAUUCUACUAAACUGACCCUGCAUAUAUUUAAGGUAUAAAUAUUUCCCCUGUCUCCACAAACUAUACUCUGGAGCAAAUGAUAAGGACACGGGCCAAAUUUUAAGCAAACUGGAAAUCCCCAGCUGAAGAAAUGUUAAGUAAAACUGACAAAAUGAAGAUGAAAACUGGCUCACACCUCACCUGGAUCAUUUUCUUGCUUCAGAAGCCGUUUUAACAUCCAGGGAAUUUUUUUUCUCAGAGAUUUAACCAAUGUAGCAAAUAUGCAUCUCAUUUAAAGGCACAAGUAUAUAUUUAAGCAGUUGCAUCAUCUCAUCUGAUGAUUUUAGUCUUAAGUUUUGUUUCCAAGGGAUUAAAUAGUAAACAAACCAGGCACAAGCCAUCAUAGAGCAGCAUAAGUGAAUGAGAAAAACCUUCACAUAAUUGGAGCAAAUGAAUCCUCAUCUUGCAGUUUCCUUUUUUCUAUAAAGUCGGAUAAGAGGCUUUUCCUUUUUUCCAGCUGAGGCGUCUAUCCAAAGUAAAUGGAUGGUAGAGCUGGUCUCACUUACACUUUAUGAAUUCAGGGAUAUGGAAAAUACCUUCGGCCAAGAGCAUUCCGACGAAAUCUGACAAGUAAAAUGUCAGCCUAUUAUGCAAUUAAGUGAAUUAAGGAGUGUUAUCUGAAUGUGGUUUCCCAAAAUGCUCAAAUUCAGUGCACCAACUAAAAUGACUCUUGUUUCUAUAAUCGAUGAAGGCACUGGGGGGGGAAAAAUUCUGACCUGGCUUUGCAGAAGAGGAAGGAGGCAAUUGCCAAGCCAAGGCUGUUUUAAAUAAACCCUCAGACCUCUGUGGAAAAAUGUUGGGCAAGAGAAUAAAAUAAAAUAAUAAAAAAACACUUAAAAAUUGAAGAGACUCUCAGCCAGUACAGACAGACCUCUGGAGCUUGUAUGUUCAAUAUCAGAAAAUAAAUAAAACCAAGAGACAGUGACUCUGUAACUGAGGAAAAAACAAUGCUUGGGAAAAAAUAAAAGAACUGUGUGAUAAACAUGCAAAAAUGAGAAAUGAACGUCUUUUCAAAGCUUGUUUUGCAACUUUAAUAUUUUGUUUUUGCUGAAUGAAGGACCGAAAAAUGAACCUGGUGAAUGUCAAGAGAACUAUUUAUUGUAUUUAUUUAUGCUUAUUUAAGCUUAUUUAUUUAUUUUAAAGAAGAGGAUGAAGAAAUCAGCAGAACAGUGAAAAAACGACAGACCAAUGAAUGAAACUGAAGAAAUAACAAUGAAAUCCUAUCUAAACAAAUGAUCAAUAAAAAUGAUUGUUGAAAUGGCAGUUACAGUAGGUCCAUUAUUAGAUAAGAAUCUUUUUUUAAAGCGUAAGUUUUUUUGUAUGUUUUUUCUUAAUUUAAAAAAGACAUUUACAAGAAAUGGUUAAAAAAGUGAUCUAGAUGUUCGCUUGUACAUUUUAGAAAAAAAAACAGAAAUUAAUACAAAAACCUUGAGGAAAAAUACAAAUACCAAGAAGAAACAGAAUGACUGUGCUGUUCCUGUUUAUUUCCAGCCAUAGAUGUGACGCUGAUUAUCUCAAAGACUCCAGGACUAAGGAUUUGAUUAACUGAAUGAUUCUCUGUGAACAUCUCCCACGUAAAAUGCAGUAUUCACAGUCUGAAUUAAUGUAAUAGAUACCAAGUCAACAAUAAUACUCUUCUCAGAAACUGGACUGAAAACUGGACAUGCAUUUUCCAGACGAAUUAAGUAAUUACCCUCCCUUAAUUCUGAACCAUGACAAAUAUGUUAAUGCCCAUGCUUUUCCAACACCCCAACUGCAAGAACAUAAAAGACAAUGACGUUCUUGUGCACAGAAGACUAAGUCAAAGACGAGGCAUCAUUCUAGUUACUCUUCUGUCUCUUUACACUAUUUUACUGAUUAGCACAGGGCUUCCAUGCUGAAUGAAUUAUUCUGUAUCCAGCAGUUACAAGCUAUACAACAACAGAUGUACUUUGUUUGAACUUCACUGGUGAUUACGAGGUCAUCCUGCUACCCUGUUCGCCAGAAAACUCAGUUUCUGUAAUCACCGUGCUAUGCGGCAGGCUAUACCACAGAAUAUUUUUAUAGUCAAUCACAGGCAAUGGUUUAUUGCAUGCGUCUGAGUUUAUUAAAGUAAACGAAAUGACACGUAGACACAGCUACCUUUGGUUACAAUUGCCCCAUCUAUGUGUUCUGUACUUGUCUUGGGAAUAAUUGGUUGUUAAAAAAAGUAAGAAGUAUUUUCUAAAAAUAACAUUGUCAAGAGAUAUGUACGUGCCCCAUACCUGAUCCUUCACGUGAACUCAUUUAUAAUUUUUCUUUCUGCAAACCCAGCUGAAUGUCAAGGCCUAUGCUUGUAUGUGAGCUCUUGUGCGACUCCUGUAUUUGCUUUAGCUACAGGUGCCGGCUGCUGGUUUCACUGGCCAUCUUUCUGUGUAAGAACGUAAGUAUACAUGUCCGCUUGAGAGCUGAAAGAUGCCAGAGGAAUGAUGACCACGUUAAAAGACAGAUAGAUGAACUAGAGUGAUAAACUUCAAUACAUUUACUUUUAUAUAGAAUACAGUUAAAGAAAACCCGGUGUACCCCAGCUAUGCUGUCUGGGAUAGGCUCCAGCCUACCACUAUCCCCUACCCCCACACUUAACACUAACCAAGAUAGGAUAUAAAGCCCGAUGGAUGGAAAACUGCUUUACUAUUUACAAACACCACCUGGUGUAUUUCAAUUAAGACAUGGCUCUUCAGAUAAUGCCCUCCCCUUCCUUCAUUUUCCUGCUUCCCCACCAGUAGGUCUCUGUCCAGCUUGAUCCCCUGUCCUGCUGUGCUGAGUAUAUAUAAAUACAAAUCCACAGCCCUGUUCCCCUGGCAUUGUAGACAUGAUGCACAGCCCACUCGUACCCCCCCCCCCCAUCCUCCUUUUGUUAUAAACAGUAAAUGUAAACUCAUCUGUCUCCUGCUUCACUUCAUGAUUAUACUCAUCAUUAUAAUUGAUUAUUCCAGUUAAAAUUGUAAAGCGUAUUCUUUCCCCAUGCACAGUACAGGAUGUUUUUCCUAUUAAAAUCUGAAAAACAAAAAAGCAAAACAAUACUAAAAAGAAAUGUCUGUAUUAUACUAUAAAGAUGAAAGUGCACUAUUAUUACUAUUAUUGCCUGUGAUUAAAAAUGAACAAUAAUGACAUUGAUUAUAGUCAUAAAUAAAACAAAUAUCACCUUAUUAUGAUUAUUAUAAUAAACUUUUAAAAAGUGUG